AUGACAGACAAAGUUUGCUCGACAAGACUUUUUCGUGUCGAACCUGAAGUUAUUAUCGGGUCUCUAGAGUUCUACUGCCAGACAACAUGGUACAAGCCCAACAUUUUUACCGACCCAGAAAAUCUUUUCCCAGAUGAUGUGAUAUGCGAAGUCAAGUUAACAGACUGUAUUAACUAUUGGGAAGCCAAGGUAAUAGCUAGUCAAAUAAUGGGAAAUACUACGUUUAACGCAUCAAACGACUUUAACAAUAAGCGACUUAGAGUGAUCCAAGGACUAUUAAGCGGACAGCGGGAAGUGGACAAUAGGCCAUGUCGACUAAGUGUUAAUAGCCAGCACGAGCUUUUGUUUACAGUCGAAGGGCGAGCAGAUUCAAGCAAGUAUGAAGAGCAUUUGGUUGCGGUUGUAGACAUAUGGAAACUUCAAUUGCAUCCAGUGCGCUCCCAAUCGUUAUCGAUUGUGUGGGGAGAGCUUCUUAAUAACGUGAUUGAACAGACCAACUUUGCAGAGAGGUUGAAUGCAGAGUCUAUGAAAACGCUACAAGAGAAAGUAGAGUGCUCUACUAAAAGGAUAGACGCGCUGAACAGGGCAACAGCAAAAUUAGAGAAGAAGCUAAUAGCCAAGUUCUCGGUUGUGCUAAAUUCAAAGAAAAAGAAAAUCAAAGAAUUGCAAAAGUUGCUGGAAAUCCAAGAGUGA